GAGAAAUACAGGAAACCACCAAAGUUCUUUCCCAUUUGCUGAAACUCUUCAAAACCCUAGAACUAUAAAAUUUCCGAAUACACAGCGUUUUAUUGCUCCCUCUUUCUGGUAAACCUAGGGUUUCGACAAACCCUAGCUCAGAGAACCUUGGGAAGCAAUUCUGAAGCCAGCGAUGGACUUCGACGAGUACGAUUAUCUGGAGAAGACUGUGCAGGAGAACGACGAGAGGGACUCGAAGAAGAAAACGAAGAAGGACGGAACCGAGAAGAGUUACAGAAAAAGAGAGGUUGACGACGACGUUUCGGUCGGUGCCGAAGAUGAGGAUAGGAAGAGCAGUAAGAGGUCGAAGGGCGAGUACGAGAAUGGCCGCGAUAAGGAUCGGCACCACAGAAGUGGUAGAGAGAGGGAGAGAGAGGGCGAAAGGGACAAGGACAGAGAUCGUGAUCGCGAGCGGGAAAGAGACAGAGACAGGAGUAGUAGAGAUAAGGACAAGGAGAAGGAGAAGGAGAGAGAAAGAGAGAGGAGGGAGAGAGAUAAGGAGAGGGAAAGAGAGAGGAGAGAUAGAAGAGAAAGGGAGGAGAGAGAGAGAAGAGAGAAGGAGGAGAAAGAGAGGUCUAGGAGGAGUGCGAGUCGAUCCGAACGUGAAGAGAAAGAUAGGCCUCGCAGAAGUAGCGACCGUGAAGAGAAAGAGAGGCCUCGCAGAAGUAGCGACCAUGAAGAGAAAGAGAGGCCUCGCAGAAGUAGUGACCGCGAAGAGAAAGAAAGGCCUCGCAGAAGUAUCGACCGCGAAGAGAAGGAGAGGUCUCGCAGAAGUCGGAGCCGCUCUGAUCGUGAUAGGGAGAGGGAAAUUAGAGAAAGGGAACGAGAAAUUGAGUUGAGAGAGAGCAGGAGGUUUAAAGACAAAAAAGAUGCGGUGGAGCCUGAAGCUGAUCCAGAAAGGGAUCAGAGAACUGUUUUUGCUUACCAAAUGCCACUGAAGGCAACCGAGAGAGAUGUUUAUGAAUUUUUCUCAAAAGCGGGCAAGGUGAGGGAUGUACGACUGAUCAUGGACAGGAAUUCUAGACGGUCAAAAGGAGUUGGGUAUAUUGAGUUUUAUGAUGCAAUGUCUGUGCCAAUGGCUAUAGCUCUCUCUGGCCAACUACUUCUAGGACAACCUGUAAUGGUAAAACCUUCAGAGGCUGAAAAGAAUCUUGUUCAGUCCAACACAUCUGGUGGGGCUGUAGGCGUUGCAGGACCAUAUGGUGCAGUUGAUAGGAAACUGUAUGUAGGGAACUUACAUUUUAACAUGACUGAGACUCACCUUAGAGAGAUUUUUGAACCAUUUGGUCCAGUGGAACUCGUGCAACUUCCCCUUGAUCUUGAGACAGGACAGUGCAAGGGGUUUGGCUUUGUUCAAUUUGCUCAUCUAGAACAUGCAAAGGCAGCUCAAAGUUUGAAUGGAAAGUUGGAGAUUGCGGGUCGAACUAUCAAGGUUUCAUCUGUUACGGAUCAUGUUGGAUCACAAGAGACUGGAGCAAAAUCUGCAGACUUUGAUGAUGAUGAUGGGGGUGGUUUGGUGAGUUUCAAUCUUUUCAUUAUGUUGAUGAAUGUUAGUACGUUCACGUAUAUUUUAAGCACUAAUAUUGAUGUUAAUGGAAUAACCGAAGGGGGAGCUUUAGAUUUCCAAAUUACAGAUGGAGGAAAGCAGAGAUUUGGGUGGGGGUUUACCAUCAGACUAUUGAAGAAUAUGUUUGAUCCAGCCACUGAGAGGGAGCCAGAUUUUGAUAUAGACAUUAAAGACGAUGUUGAAGAAGAAUGCUCGAAAUGUGGCCGGGUGAAGCAUAUAUACGUGGACAAAAACACUGCUGGUUUUGUGUAUUUGCGGUUUGAAACUGUGGAAGCAGCAGCUGCAGCUCAACAAUCUAUGCAUUUGAGAUGGUUUGCAGGCAGGCAGAUUUCAGCCCUGUUCAUGCAACCGCAAGUGUACGAGGCCAGGUUUGGAGUUUAGAAUGGAGUUGAAGUGUCUUCGUGGUGGUGUUUUUAGUUUACAGCUAGUCAUUUCUUUG